AUGGAGGGCCAGGCGGGUGAAAACUUGCCUGUGGUAGCCGAGGCACUGCUUCACGCUGCUCAGGUUGCUUCUCUGAUCUGCUCCUCUGAUGUGCCGACCGGCAAGUUCCCACUGCUUUCCAGCGCCGAUCCCACUCCUCAGGCGCUUUAUUUUGCCUCCCGUUCCUCUGACGCCGAUCCCGGCUCCCCCUGCCAACUGCACUCCUCCCCAGCCCCCGGUUCCAUCCCACAAAUCGAGUCCCUCCCACUCAUUCGCGAUGUGCACGUACUUGAGCUCCAGGCGCUCUUUCUCCGCAAACUUCGGAUCUUCUCUGUGCUCUUCGACUUCUCCGACACACUCAAGUCGGCCCGCGAGAAGGAGGUGAAGCGGCAGACGCUGUCGGAGCUUGUCGACUUCGUGCAAUCCGUCUCCGGCCGGCUCAACGAGCAGGUACAGGAAGAGCUCGUCCGUACUAUAGACGUCAAUAUCUUCCGCAGUCUCCCUCCGGCUUCCCAUGAAAACACCGGCGUCGAGCCCACCGACCCGGAGGAGGAGGACCCCUACCUCGACCCCGCCUGGCCUCAUCUCCAGCUCGUCUAUAAGCUCCUUCUCCGCUACGUCGUGUCGUCCGACACCGAUACCAAGGUCGCCAAGCGCUACAUCGACCACUCAUUCGUGCUCCGCCUUCUCGACCUCUUAAACUCCGAAGACCUCUGA